GACGGCCUGUAGAUGGCAACAAUAACACCGUCAAUUAAACUGACGUCGAAGAAGACACCAAGGAGCAUGCGCGCAGCGCCGGCAAGGCAUUUCCGCUUUCAUUAAAACUGUAGCGACAAAUCAGUUAUAAGCGUGUACAUAUAUAAAUUUAUUCUCAGCAUUUUGUCUGAAGGUGAGUGCUCAUCAGAAGAUGAUUGAUGUUAAAGCCUGGGCGGAGUACGUGGUGGAGUGGGCUGCCAAAGACCCCUACGGCUUCCUCAUGACCAUCAUCCUGGCCUUGACCCCACUCUUCAUCGCCAGCGCUCUGCUUUCCUGGAAACUUGCAAAGAUGAUUGAAUCCAGGGAUCGCGAGCAGAAAAAGAAGCAGAAGCGACAGGAGAACAUAGCAAAAGCCAAGAGAGCCAAAAAGGACUGAACUGAAACGGUUAAGGGAUGCAGAGGGAUCAAUCUAUAUGUUCCUGUGUGUUAAAAAAGCCCCACUCCUAGCUGUGCAGAACCCAGAGCUUCUGAAGCAGAGGCAUUGGGUUAAGGCUUUGAAAAAGCCUCAUCAGUCAGUAUGAGAGUGCACAUUAUGGGGGUUGAUGAAUUGUGAUCAACUGCAGUGUUUUUGUUUUGGGGUUUUUUUGCCCUCUGGAAAAUUAUGGAAAAAUCACUGCUGUACAUGACUGCAGCACUCAGCAUUCCAAUACUUUUUAAUGUUUAGCUUUUCCAACACCAAUCCUCUAAAGUUUUUAAUCAUUAUUAUUAGAAAGAACCUCUUAACAUCCUGAACUGUUUAAAUGUUUGUCCAGUCAUUGUGAAAUGUAUUUUAUUUUUCCUAUUAUUGUUUGAAUUUUCAGUAUGAACAUCUGGAAUUUGGUCAAAUAACACAACUGCAAAUUACACACCACCAUUUAUUUUUUUAUUGAAUACUGUCUAAAUACGACGCAAAUGCAACAGUCUCACGGUUCAAUUGGACAGUGUCAAAAGAGAACACAUUAAAUGUUUAUAUUCAACAAUUUA